AUGGUAAACAAUCGUCGUGUUUAUAAAUCGAAAAAUGAUAAAUACAUUGUGGAUCGUGAUUGCGAAUUUAAAAUUAUCUAUUUUCACAUAGCCUUGAAGACUUAUCUCAAGACAGAAAGAGCGAUUCAAAAUAACGCGAGGCACUUGCUGGCACUUACCUACAUAGAUCUAGAAAUUCAUCCUAAUUUAGCCGAGGACAGUGUUGAGCUUGGAGGGAGAUCAAGGGAGACAAUUACUAGAAAGUGGGACUAAUUAGCGAUAUGUCUGAAUACUCAUGGAUCUGGAGCUACAAAAAAUGGACAAUGCUGGAGAAGGGUGAGUUUUUGUUACAUUUUGUUAAUCAUCCUUUUGUUAUCGCUAAUUCAUAAUUUUUAUAAUUGGGCUGCAUCUUAUUUUUCAUCAUAAAAUUACAACUUUUUGCUAU